CUUCCCGCUGAGUCGCUGGGUGGAGAGCCUGAGGAGCGGCAGGGACCACAGCGGAUCCGAGCCGCGGAGGGUGCCCGCCGCUCCGGCCCCGCGUCCAGGCUGCCUGAAUGGGGGGCGCCCUGGCGUGGGUGCUGCUGUUGCUGCUGCCGCUGCAGGAUCCAGGCAGCCAGGGACUGUCCUGCGACGUGUUCAACGUGUCCUCGGGAGUCGUGGACUGGACCAAGGAGUUCACAGCCACAUGCCUGAACUUCAGUGGCCAAGGCCUGAGCCUGCCCCAGAACCAGUCUCUGCAGGCCCCCAGCCUGGGCAUCCUCGACCUGUCGGGGAACCGCCUGCAAGAGCUCCCGCUGCUGUUCUUCGCCCACCUGGGGAAGCUGAGGGUCCUGGACGUAACGCGCAACCCUCUGGACCGUGUGGACAGGGCGCUGGCUGAACGCUGUGACCUUGACCUGAAGGCCGACUGCCUCUGCUUCCUAGCAUCCUGGCGCGAGUUCCGGCAAGACAACUGCUCUGACCAGCCACCUCUGCAGUGCCUGCACGCAGACAGCGGCACCUGGCACAAUGCCUCCGCCUUCCUGGAGGGCAGCUGCCCCCCUGGCCUGGCCCCAGUGACCAUUGGGGCACUGGUGGCCAGUGGAAGCCUGCUUCUGGGGCUCGCCAUUGCUGGCUCAGUGCUGGCCUGGAGACUCCGGAGACGCUGGACAUCCAGUAGCCAGGGCCUGGGCAAAACACAGGCUGCUCAGGGUGGUCCCAGGCCCAGCUCCGGCCGGCAGCCGAGGUACAGUAGCCGAGGCCUCAGCCCCAAGCCCUCAGAGGGCACCCUGCCCAGGUCCUCCACGCCCGACUAUGAGAAUGUGUUCGUGGGCCAGCCGGAUGCCGGGCACCAGUGGGCCGAAUACAGGGCUCACCCGUCAGAGGACAGCAGCUUCUACAUGAACUACGAGGGCCUUGACCCUGCCUCCCAGCCUGUCUACUGCAACCUGCAGUCGCUGGGCCGGGCCCCGCUGGGCGAAGAGGAGUACGUGAUCCCCGGGCGCUGAGCUGCCACAUCCCCAAUCCAGCCUGCCCCCUUCCAGCUCGUCCCUGGCCUCAGUUCUCCCGUCUGAGGAGUGGGGACAGGGAAGGACUGUUCUCGAGGCCCCAGGGAGGCUCUGCAGCCGCCUCCCCAGCCCUGACCCUGCCCCUCAGCCCCCUCGGCUGCCAGAAGGGGAGGAGGAGAGACCCCAACACAGGGACAGGAGGCUCGAUGUGUGAACUCCGCCGUGUGCAGCCAGCGCUCAAUAAAGGCUCAGGGCAAGUCGGUUCCUCGCGGUGGGGAUUUCCUGAGCUCCCAAGACCAUACCUCUUUCUGAGACUCCCGCAUUGCUCCCCACCCCCC